UUACCUGCUGCUAUAGCAGCCCCUACUCCUGUAUCAGCUUUAGUUCAUUCUUCAACUCUGGUAACUGCUGGGGUUUAUUUAUUGAUUCGAUUUAAUAUUUUAUUAAGAGGUAGAUGGUUGGGAGAUUUAUUAUUGUUGCUUUCUGGGUUGACAAUAUUUAUAGCGGGAUUAGGAGCUAAUUUUGAAUUUGAUUUAAAGAAGAUUAUUGCUCUUUCUACAUUAAGACAAUUAGGCCUUAUAAUAAGAAUUUUAUCUAUAGGAUUUUAUAAGCUUGCUUUUUUUCAUUUAUUAACUCAUGCUUUAUUUAAGGCAUUGUUAUUUAUGUGUGCUGGAGCUAUUAUUCAUAAUAUAAAUAAUUCUCAGGACAUUCGAUUGAUAGGGGGAUUGGGAGUAUAUAUACCUCUGACUUCUGGGUGUUUUAAUGUAGCUAAUUUAGCUUUGUGUGGUAUACCCUUUUUAGCUGGGUUUUAUUCUAAGGAUUUGAUUUUAGAAGUUGUUUCGUUAAGUUAUAUUAAUAUAUUUUCUUUUUUUCUUUAUUUUUUUUCCACUGGGUUGACUGUCUGUUAUUCUUUUCGGUUGGUUUAUUAUACUAUAACUGGAGAAUUAAAUUGUGGUUCUUUAAACAUGUUGAGAGAUGAAGGUUGAGUUAUAUUGCGAGGUAUAAGUGGUUUACUAAUAAUGAGAAUUGUUGGAGGUAGAAUAUUAAGUUGAUUAAUUUUUCCUACUCCCUAUAUAAUUUGUUUACCUAGUUAUUUAAAAUUAUUAACUUUAUUUGUUUGUGUGGUAGGAGGUGUAUUGGGUUAUUUAAUUUCUAAUGUUUCUUUAUUUUAUUUUAAUAAGUCUUUGCAUAAUUAUCUAGUGAGUUAUUUUUCUGGUUCUAUAUGAUUUAUACCUUAUAUUUCUACUUAUGGAAUUAUUAACUAUCCAUUAGUCUUAGGAAUAAGAGUAUGUAAAUCUUUUGAUCAGGGUUGAUCAGAAUUUUUAGGGGGUCAAAAUUUAUAUAAUGAAUUAGUUAAAUAUUCUCAGUAUGUAUCUGUUAUGCACAAUAAUAACUUAAAGGUUUAUCUUUUAUUAUUUGUUUUAUGAAUUAUUUUCUUGUUUUCAUUUCUUUUAAUUUUUUA